AAACAUUUCCCACUAAGUUAUAUCUGUUCCUUCCCACCCUUUUUCUCUCUCCAUGAUCUUUUUCUGCUAGCUACAAGACUGAGAGAAAGGGAGAGAAGAAAAAAAGAGAGUAGACAUUACAGGAGAAGAAGAAGAAGAAGUACAAACAAGAUAUGCCAUUGUCUAUCCAUUCCAUAUUAUCGAUCUUCUAAUUGCUUGAAUAACAAGUCUAGUUUAAUUGGAAGUUUUUAGAUGCAUUAAUGGCGUAUCAACAUUAUCGAUCACCAUUUGGGGACACAACUUACACAAAAGUUUUCGUUGGCGGAUUAGCAUGGGAGACUCCAACGGAUGUAAUGCGCCGGUAUUUCGAGCAAUUUGGAGAGAUUCUUGAAGCUGUCAUUAUCACUGAUAAAAACACCGGCAAAUCUAAAGGAUAUGGCUUCGUAACUUAUCGUGAUCCGGAAUCUGCUAGACGGGCUUGUGAUAACCCGAAUCCGGUAAUUGAUGGAAGAAGAGCUAACUGUAACAUCGCUUCUCUUGGACGGCCUCGCCCUUCACCACCUCGAGGUAGGGGACAAGGAGGGAAUCCUUAUCAAGGAGGGGGAAUUCCACAAGGAGCAUCAUCAUCAUCUUAUAGUGGGGUGGCAGGAGCAGCAGCAGCACCAUUGCCAUUACAUCCACCACCUGCAACUCCUAUGAUAUAUUCACCAUAUGGGUAUGCAACUUACCCUCCUGAAUAUUACCAUCAAGCCGCGGGGAUGUACAAUCCAGGGACGUACCAGCAAGCAGCAGCAGCAGCAGCAGCAGCGCAUUAUUAUCAGCAAAUGUAUGGAAGUUCAUCAUCACCAUCUCCUGCAUAUUAUUACGGAUAUUCGAUGCAGGGAUCAAGGGGAACAUUUUCUGCAGCAGCUACUGGACAUCAUCAUCAACGCUUUCAAGGCCCAACUGCUUCUUAUCUUUAUUAUCCUACUACUACUACUGCUGCUGCUACUGCUCAUCACUUGCCAGCUGAUGCUGCCUCUUUUACUCCGCCGCCUCCACCUCUACUCCAACAUCCUCCUCCUCCUCAUGCUGCACCUACAAGGCCUUCCCCUACUACUGAAUCUCAAAUUCCACAGCAAACCACAGCUGAAACAACAGAAGUUGGGGCAGUGACUACUGAGAGUCCAAAUACAUAAAAAAGAGAGUACAAUCAAGCUCAUCAUCAUCAAAACAUAUUUAUCAAGUCAUCAAGCACGGUGAAAAUAAAAUU